AUGGCGGUAUCGGAAGGGAAGAGCGGGAGCCAGUUCUAUCUGACGCUGGCGGAUGGGCUGAGCGAGCUGGACGGGAAGCACGUGGUGUUUGGGAGACUGGUGGUGGGAUUCGAGGUGCUGGAGCAGAUCAACGAGGCCUUAGUGGACGAGCAGGGCCAGCCGUUGCGGGAGAUCCGACUGCGGCACGUGGUGGUGCUCGACGACCCUCCGGACCCCGUCGGACUGGAGAUCCCGGCCGACUCGCCGCUUCCUCCAGAGGCCGCCGAACGGGGGAAACAUCUUCGCGUGGCCGACGACGAGGAGCUGGACGAGGAUCUGGAGCCGAGUGAGGUGGAGGAGCGUCGACGGGAGCGCGAGGCCCGCGCGCAGGCUCUGACGCUCGAGAUGGUCGGCGAACGGGAGGUCGCCGAGGUCGCCCCGCCCGGAAACAUCCUCUUCGUCUGCAAGCUCAACGCCAUCACCCGCUCCGAAGACCUCGAGCUCAUCUUCUCCCGCUUCGGCCCCAUCAAAGACCCCAAGACAGAGGUUUCUCUGCAGUACGCAUUCAUCGAGUUCGACCAGCGAGAGGACACGGAACGGGCCUACUUCAAGACGGACGGCGUGCUCAUCAACGACCGCCGGAUCCACCUCGACUUCUCCCAAUCAGUCUCCAAGCUACAUUCCGACUGGAUCUUCAAGCGCACAUGUUUGACUUGGCUGACAGUGAGUUUCGACUGGUGUCGCUCAAACUGA